AUGAGUACCAACCAGUCGAAGAGUAUUUUGGAUCAGGUGGAUGAGUAUCUCCACGAACACGACGAUUCCCCCACGGGUUCCGCCGAUUUGGGCCAUCGGAAAGAUGCGAUGGAAGUGAUGAAAUUUGAUCACGAGGAACAUGCGCAGGAGCCCCAGCGAGAACACGACUGGAUGCAAGAUGCGAUACGUAUAGACCUGGACCAAUUGAGUGAUUCACUGUUCAGCGUGGAGCACAUCAACCAGCUGGGGACAGAGAACACUUCCGGUUCCCAGUCGCAGGGGAACUCUUUAAAAGUGGGCGAGAACGGGAAGUACAUGGCGCGAGGGUCGUUCUUCCACGGACACCGGGACAUAAUAGGGAACCUCCACUCUAUGACGGCACCCUCAGAGAUCAUGUUCUCGCCCUCGGAUUCCCCCAUGGUGGCGCCGAACCACAGUUCUGCACUCGGGCUACAAGUGACACCCUUCAUGGACCCGCAGAACAUGACUAUAGGCAACUCGAACUCAAACACUCCCUUCAUGGCGGGGAACGAUUCGUCGAACACGGAUUCCCCGAUGAUAGGUGCCGGGUCAGGCCAUGUGGGCAGUUUCUCGCUGCCAGACUCCGCUGUGGUCCCCUUGAGCAGAACGAGCACUAGUAAUUCACCUGGCACUGGGCUCAGCAAGAAGGCAUCGUCGAACUCACUGAAGAAGAAGAAAAGUUCUAUCUCUGGCCAGUCCGGUGGCAGCUCGACCACUAUCCCCAAUGCGAAGAUCAUCAAGAGCAGUCCCUACAUGAACGCUACGCGGUCCAGGAGACGAUACAGCAAGAGCAAGACCGUGAUUGACCCGACCACGUGGGAGGACGCAACCGCUUUCAAUCUACCUGAGUCUGGGAUCAACUUGGGGGGUGGUAACACUUCGAUCAAAAUGGAAGGUACACCGGCUACUGAAUUCUCGGAGAACUCUUCUUCGUCAUCAAUUGGGUUCCCGACCGUUGUAUUGCCCUCAACGACCCCCAUCGGCGGCGAUGAGCACGGUAAAAGAGGCUUGAAAAAGGUCCCCUUGGACAACGACGGCGUCGCUGAGAGGGACACCGUCGGCGGCGGCAACGGCUCCGACUCGACAAUCGAUGCCCGGGUAUCGAGGCGAUCUCGUGUCCUGAAUGCCACGGAGUCACCAAUCCUCAUGGCGAGGAAGACGAGCUACACGAGCCGAUCGCGCUCCAAAUCCAAUUCCAGAGGCAAGGACGAGUUCAAGAAAGAGAUACACAAGGCCGCGGAACAGGGCAGACGGAACCGGCUGAACAACGCGCUCAUACAGCUGGGCAACUUGCUCCCAGAGGAAAUGAAGAGCACAGUCAGCAUACCGUCGAAGGCUACCACCGCGGAGCUGGCUUGUCUAUACAUCCAGCAGCUGCAAGAACAAGUGGAAGACCUGCGCAACAGGUGA